AUGUCAGUGGAAGAGGCAGUGUUACAUCAAGUGGCAGAGAUGGAGGAGACAGGCAUUUUCAAAAGAGCUUCUCAAAAUAAGAAAAGUAUUCCUAAUCCCAUCAACCUGGAGAUGGAUCAGACUAUCGUGGAAGUGGAGGCCAGAAUCAAACGACUACAAGAUGAGGUGGUAGCAUGGGAGGAACUUUUUAACAGAUUAGAUAGAGAAGCAGAUGAUUUUUCGAAGAAAGAACGGGAUGUUGUGGAAGCAGAUGUUCCAUUUUAUGUAAAGAAGCUUGGGGAGGACUACAUGGUGCCCAAAAUGGAUUACACCAGCAUGUUAUCAGAUCUUCAUAAAGAUAUGAAGGUCACAAAGUUUUAU